AUGGCUUAUGUUCAAUCAAAAGUGAUGAAGAAGAGGCUUCAAGAGAAGCGUAGGGUUAGUGGUGCUUCGUUGUUGAGGGAUGAACUUGAUAAUGAUAAUGCUGGAAAGAGUUCGCUUUUGGAUAGUUUACCAGCAUUUCAGCAAAAUAAAGGUGUUAUGAUGGCUAAUUUUGAAGAAUGGAUCAAGAUGGCAACUGAUAACAAGAUCAAUACCACAAACAGUUGGAAUUUUGCAUUGAUUGAUUAUUUCUAUGAUUUAAACGUGUUAAGAGAAAGUGAUAAUAACAUCAAUUUUCAAAAAGCUAGUGCCACAUUAGAUGGGUGUGUUAAGAUUUAUUCAUCAAGAGUUGAUUCUGUGGCUACAGAAACUGGUAGAUUACUUAGUGGUCUUGCAGCUAGAAAACAACAAGAAGCUGAACAAAAGGCAAAAAAUCGUGAAAAUGGUGAAGCCAAUGAAGAUGGCGAAGAAGGUGAUAGUGAUGUUGAAGUAGAUGAGGAUGGUGAACCUACAACUAAGAAGGCUCGUAGAAACAGAUAUGUUAAAAAGGAGCUGGGUGAUACAUUGGUUCCAUUUGAAUCUAUACAAGUUAAAAAGCUAUCACAAGAGCUGAGUAUAGAUCCUUUAUUCAAGAAAACCUUAGCUGAAUUUGAUGAAGGUGGUGCUAAAAGUUUAUUGUUGAACACUUUACAUAUGGAUAAUCAUACAAGAGUUGUUUUCGAUGCUACAACUGGUGAGUCUAAGGAAAAUCUGCGUGAUGAUGAAGAUCCAGAUCAAGAAGAGGACAAGGUUAAAGAUGAAGAUCAUGAUAUCAAUAUGGAAAUGUCUGGUAUCGAAGAAGGAGAUAUAAAUAUUGGUGAUUUAAAACAUCUUGUUUAUAAUGAAGAUGAAGACCUUGAUGAUCUGUUGGUAUGUCCUUCUUUUGAACAUCUAGGAUCUGUGCUGAAAGAUGUUAAUAGAGCCAAAUCCUUGUUGAAUGAUGUUAACCAGCAAAAUAUAAAUAUUCCUGAUGAUUUCUCCGCUUCACAUCAUAGUAUCAAUGCCUCUAAUGCUGGAGGAAAUGAUGAUUUUGGAUUUGAUUUCGGUGGUGCUAAUGAUUUUGAUGAUGAUGAUGGUGGUAAUUCGUUUGGUGAUUUAGACCAAGAAGCUGCAGCUGUUUUAUUCCAAGAUGAAAAUCAAGACCCAGAUGAUGAAGAUACAAAAAUUGUUGCAAACGUUGUUGAUCAAGAUCUUAUGGCAUAUUUUGAUCAUACACUGAGAAGAAAUUGGGCAGGUCCUGAACAUUGGAAAGUUAAACAAUUAAAAAAAGGUAAACAAGAUCUUCAAUCAUCUACUAAUAACGGUGCUGAAAAGAAGAGAAAACCUAAGAAGGAACUUGUCAUAAAUUUUAUGGAAGAGAAUGAUGAAGAUGAAGAAGAUAAAAUUUUUGCAAAAAGUAAAAAUCCCACAACAAUACCCGUUGAACAACAAGAAUCAGAAGAUACACAUUUACUACCCGAUGAUGUCUAUUUUUCUUCUGAGCAGCUAGUUAGAUUAUUCCUCAAACCAGAUCAGAAAUUAAAAGUGUUUCAAAAGAAAUCCAAACAGACUAAAUUUGAAGAAGCAGAUCAAACAAGACAAGAAGACAAUAGACAAGUUGAUGCAACAUUUUGGGCUGAUAACUAUAAGAAUAAUGAUAAUCAAGAUGAUGGAUUUGAUGACUAUGCUGGUGGUGGUGACGAUAUUGAUUUUGGAGGACCUGAUGACUUUGAUGAUGGUGAUAAUAUUUUCAAUACAGAUAAUAUCGAAGAUAAACUUGAAUUUGGAACACAACUUAUCACAGGUGGGAAGAAAGUUAAAUCAGAAUAUGUCAAUUAUUCAAAAACAGCUAAGAAUGUCAAUGUUAAGUACUUGAAAGAUAAUCUUUGGGAUGCAAUUGAAGUUAAGAAAGAAGAACCUGAACGAAACUUUAGUGAAGUGGUCCAAGAUAUUGGUAAGUUGUAUCCAAAGGAAGAAAAGAAAGAUUUAUCCACCAGUUUUUUCUUCAUUUGUCUCUUACAUUUGGCAAAUGAACACUCCUUGGACCUUGAAAGUAAUGAGCAGCUCACUGAUUUACGGAUCAAAGGUUUAAUACCAUAA